GCGCCAGCCUCCCGUUGCACCAGCGCAGCUGGUUGGCCAGAGCGAGCUGGGCGCUCGCUCGAGACGCUGCGCUCCCUUCGCCUCAACGCACUUGGUUGGAGACGCGCAGGGCUCCGUCUUCCUCAGCCGAGCUUCCCGGCCUUAAAGAAGCGAACCUGCUCUUUAGGGGCUUCCUCCGCCAUUGCUCCUACCCCGAAGUUUUCCCUCGCAGCUCUCUUUCCGGGAAUCUGUAAGCGUCCAGGGAGAGGACGCGGUUCUCGGCUGCGUGGAAAAGGCGAGGACCCUUCUCAUUCUUGAAGGCAUCGCCUGGAGGGACUCGCUCCUCUGCGCGCUACCAGGAGUUCUGUCCGGGAGGCAGAGAAGGGACUGGACGGGUUUUCUUUCUUUGAGGGGAGGGGGAGAAGUAGGGGAAGGGCAUUUCCUCUCCCCCCCUCGUCCUCUCUCGCCCUUCACAUCAUUUUAUUGAUGCUGUCUUGAGGAAAAGCUCGGUUUUUAUUGCAUUUGGAGCGGCGAGAAUACAGCAAGGAGAUGGCUGAUGGUGGUGGCGGCGGCGGCGGCGGCGGCAAUGCUGCGUCCAGGCUGAGGGCUUUGUGAGUGAGAUGCGGUGACUGCCCGAAUCCGGGCAAAGCUAGAAGGAGUGGGGCGGGGGGGCUCAGCAGUCUAGAACAUGGCGGAUGCCGAAGAAGGCUUCGGGCUCCCAGCCACGCCGGUCGACUCAGACACGAAGGAGGUAGCCAGCGACGGAAAGCCGGAGAGUCAGCUGGGCGCCAGCAGCAAACAACCUUCCUCGCCCCAGGCCGCCUUCACCCAACAGGGUAUGGAGGGAAUCAAAGUGUUCUUACACGAGCGAGAAUUAUGGCUCAAAUUUCAUGACGUGGGGACCGAAAUGAUUAUAACCAAAGCUGGAAGGCGCAUGUUCCCCAGCUACAAGGUGAAAGUGACGGGACUCAACCCCAAAACAAAGUACAUCCUGUUAAUGGAUAUUGUCCCCUCUGAUGACCACAGAUACAAAUUUGCAGAUAAUAAAUGGUCAGUGACUGGGAAAGCUGAGCCUGCCAUGCCAGGAAGAUUAUAUGUGCACCCGGACUCGCCAGCCACUGGGGCCCAUUGGAUGAGGCAGCUGGUCUCCUUCCAAAAACUCAAGCUGACCAACAACCAUCUUGACCCAUUUGGCCAUAUCAUCCUCAACUCCAUGCACAAAUACCAGCCCAGACUCCAUAUCGUCAAGGCAGAUGAGAACAAUGGGUUUGGCUCAAAAAACACAGCCUUCUGCACCCACGUCUUUCCAGAGACGGCCUUUAUCGCUGUGACGUCCUACCAGAAUCACAAGAUCACCCAGCUCAAGAUUGAAAACAACCCCUUUGCGAAAGGAUUUCGAGGCAGCGACGAUAUGGAGCUUCAUAGAAUGUCGAGGAUGCAAAGCAAGGAGUACCCAGUGGUUCCCAGAAGCACCGUCCGGCAGAAGGUGGCUUCCAACCACAGCCCUUUCAGCGGUGAGAACCGGGCGCUGCCUGCCUCUUCCAACCUCGGGUCUCAGUUCCAGUGUGAGAACGGCGUUUCCAGCACUUCCCAGGACCUGCUACCAGCUGCCAACUCAUACCCCGUGUCGCAGGACCACGGCCAGAUUUACCACUGCACCAAGAGAAAAGAUGAAGAAUGUUCCACCACAGAACAUCCUUACAAAAAGCCCUACAUGGAGACGUCUCCUCCAGAAGAAGACCCUUUCUAUCGCUCCACCUACUCCCAGCAGCAGGGACUCAAUACCAGUGCAUACAGGACUGAGUCUGCUCAGCGCCAAGCCUGCAUGUACGCCAGCUCUGCGCCCCCUACGGAACCGGUGCCCAGCCUAGAAGACAUCAGCUGCAACACGUGGUCUGCUGUGCCGUCCUACAGCAGCUGCACAGUGACUGCCAUGCAGCCUAUGGACAGGCUGCCUUACCAGCACUUCUCUGCCCAUUUCACUUCUGGCCCCCUCAUGCCCCGGCUUGCCACAGUCGCCAACCAUACCUCAUCGCAGAUCGGGGAGACGCAUGCCAUGUUCCAGCACCAGACCUCCGUCCCUCACCAGCCAAUUGUCCGGCAAUGUGGACCUCAGACAAGCAUACAGUCGCCUCCCAGCAGCCUACAGCCAGCAGAGUUCCUUUAUUCUCAUGGGGUACCCCGAACCCUCUCCCCCCACCAGUACCAUUCUGUGCAUGGGGUGGGCAUGGUGCCAGAAUGGAGCGAGAACAGCUAACAAGGCAAUCAAGGGAGAGGAUUGCUGGAGAGAUUUCACUGCAAACUAAGAGUGGUGUUUGUUUGUUUGUUUUCAAGACUCGUUUUAACUGAAUGUUAAUAUCUAAGCACUCGAGAGAUGGACAGCGUCCUAUCCUCUGGGCAGACCAUGGUAUUGUAUCUCCUGGCUUUCCUUUCUUGCGACCAAUGACAAACUGAUCCAUGCUGUUCCACCCUGCCCCACGCCAUACAGCCCCCCCAUGCCCAGACAUAGCCACACUGAGUUUGCAUUGCUUCCACACCAACUUGUGCCCUUGCACAACAUUAUAGUUUGGUUUUGUUUUCAGGUGAAACACGGGAGUUUUGCUACCUUUCUUGACACGCGGAGAGUGCUCAUACAAGACGAUCAGAAUAUGUCAUGUUUUCUUUUCUCCUCUCUCUUUCUCUUUCUCUCUUUCUUUUUUUUUGGUGUUGAUAUUGACAUUGUUAUAUAAUAAAUGAUAAUAUAUA